AUUGCAAAAAUCCGUGUCGACCUUCCUUCUACUUUGUUUGCCCCGGAGUGGUUCGAGACUGGAGCAACAAAUAACGCCUUGGCGUCGCCAGGAAAACUUCCAGAUAUGGCGACAUCUAGAACCAUAACAAGCAACCGAAACCAGCAACGUAGUAUUUCAAUCGAAGUGGUGGAGACUCGACGAGAGGAUCGUCCAAAAGGUAAAAAAGAAAAAAAAAUAACCAUUAUGAAUACACCGAAAGGCCAAGAAGUACUGGAAACCAUCUGA